CCCAGCCCAGAAACUCGUCUUCAACAGAGUGAACGGCAAGAAGCCGCACGUGCUGCCGCAGCAGGUCUCGGCCCCGGAGGAGUGCUACACGUUGGCCCACGAGGAGAAUGUCCGCUUCGUCUAUGAAGCCUGGCAGCAGGUAGAGCAGCAGCUGGACGGCAGCCGGAGCGGGGAGAGCGCCUGUGGCCCCGUGCAGUACGUAGAGAAGACCCCCAACCCCGGACUGAAAAACUUUGUUCCCAUCGACCUGGAGGAGUGGUGGGCACAGCAAUUUUUGGCCAAAAUCGAAAACUGCUCAUAA